UCCUGAGAGCCACCGCGUAGGUCAGGCCCGCCUAGGAGCAAACGAGGCCCCUCAGAGCUCCACCUAGUUCACAGGAUAAUAUCCCACAGCAAAACUUGGAGUCAGCAAUGGCUAAACCCCAGGUGGUUGUAGCUCCUGUAUUGAUGUCCAAGCUGUCUGUGAACGCUCCUGAAUUUUACCCAUCAGGUUAUUCUUCUAAUUAUACAGAAUCCUAUGAAGAUGGUUGUGAGGAUUAUCCCACUCUCUCAGAAUAUGUUCAGGAUUUUUUGAAUCAUCUUACAGAGCAGCCUGGCAGUUUUGAAACUGAAAUUGAACAGUUUGCAGAGACCCUGAAUGACUGGGUUAUAAGAGAUGAUGCUUUGCAAGAACUUGUAGAACUCAUCUAUCAACAGGCCACAUCUAUCCCAAAUUUCUCUCACAUGGGAGCUCGCCUGUGUAAUUACCUGUCCCAUCAUCUGACAAUUAGUCCACAGAGUGGCAACUUUCGCCAGUUGCUGCUUCAAAGGUGUCGGACUGAAUAUGAAGUUAAAGAUCAAGCUGCAAAGGGGGAUGAAGUGACUCGAAAACGAUUCCAUGCAUUUGUACUCUUCUUGGGAGAACUUUAUCUUAACUUGGAGAUCAAGGGAACAAAUGGACAGGUUACAAGAGCAGAUAUUCUUCAGGUUGGUCUGCGGGAGUUGCUGAAUGCCCUGUUUUCCAAUCCUAUGGAUGACAACUUAAUUUGUGCAGUAAAAUUACUGAAGUUGACAGGGUCAGUUUUGGAAGAUGCCUGGAAGGAAAAAGGAAAGACUGAUACGGAAGAAAUUAUUCAGAGAAUUGAAAAUGUGGUUCUAGAUGCAAAUUGCAGCAGGGACGUGAAACAGAUGCUCUUGAAGCUUGUAGAACUCCGGUCAAGUAACUGGGGUAGAGUCCACGCAACUUCAACAUACAGAGAAGCAACACCUGAAAAUGAUCCUAAUUAUUUUAUGAAUGAACCAACAUUUUAUACCUCUGAUGGUGUUCCUUUCACUGUAGCUGAUCCAGAUUAUCAAGAGAAAUAUCAAGAGUUACUUGAAAGAGAAGAUUUUUUUCCAGGUUAUGAAGAAAAUGGGACAGAUUUAUCAGGGGCUGGUGAUCCAUACUUGGAUGAUAUUGAUGAUGAGAUGGACCCAGAGAUAGAAGAAGCUUAUGAAAAGUUUUGUUUGGAAUCAGAGCGUAAGCGAAAACAGUAAAGCUAAAUUUCAUCGUGUCAGUUUUAUAAAGCAGUUUAGGUUAUGGUGAUUUAGCAGAACACAGGAAAGCAGGAAAAUGUGUCACACUUAUACCAAAUUAAGGAUGUUGAGUUAUGUUACUAAUGUAUGCAACUUUAAUUUUGUUUAACACUAUCUGCCAAAAUAAACU